UGCUGCUGGUGCAUUCGCUCGCUAGUAGAGCGCUGUAGCCUCGGCGAGACGCUGAAAGUGGACGUCCGUGCCUUUUCACGGCACAAAUCCCAAGCCAGCCGCUGUAUUAUCCCAUGCAAAAUCACAGCAAUGCGCCGGAAAUCUAGGAUAUUACUAUGUUUCGCUGUGCUCUGGGUCCUAGGCAUAGCAUAUUAUUUCUACUCGGGGACAACGCUGAGUCGAAAGGAUGACUGGAGUGGCAUUAAUUCAAACAGAAUUCAAUCACACAGCAAUGCAGAUGACAAAGCCCAAAGCCUAGAGACCCUUCCUCCAGGGAAGGUUAGGUGGCAGGACUUUGACCAGGAUCUGUACAUGGGAGCGACCGUGGUGAGGCCAGGGCAGGAUCCCUACGCCCGCAACAAGUUCAACCAGGUUGAGAGUGACAAACUCAGAAUGGACCGCAGUGUCCCUGACACCAGACAUGACCACUGUCGUCACAAACAGUGGAGGACAGAUCUUCCUGCAUCCAGUGUGGUUAUCACCUUCCAUAACGAGGCCCGGUCUGCACUCCUGCGCACUGUGGUCAGUGUGCUGAAGAAGAGCCCUACCCAUCUGGUCAAAGAGAUCAUCUUGGUGGAUGACUACAGUGACAACUCUGAAGAUGGUGCCUUACUUGGAAAAAUCGAGAAAGUCAGAGUCCUACGGAACGAUCGACGAGAGGGCUUGAUGCGGUCCCGUGUCCGAGGGGCAGAUGCAGCCACGGCCAGUGUACUAACCUUCCUUGACAGCCACUGUGAGUGUAACGAACACUGGUUGGAGCCCCUGCUAGAAAGGGUUGCUGAGGAUAAGACUCGGGUUGUCUCGCCAAUCAUAGAUGUCAUUAACAUGGACAAUUUCCAGUAUGUGGGGGCAUCCGCAGAUCUUAAAGGAGGUUUUGAUUGGAAUCUAGUGUUUAAAUGGGACUACAUGACCCUGGAACAAAGACGAGCACGGCAAGGAAACCCCGUUGCGCCUAUCAAUACACCCAUGAUUGCUGGUGGUCUUUUUGUAAUGGACAAGAACUACUUUGAAGAGCUUGGGAAGUACGACAUGAUGAUGGAUGUUUGGGGGGGUGAGAAUCUCGAGAUCUCAUUCCGCGUGUGGCAGUGUGGAGGCAGUCUGGAGAUCAUUCCCUGCAGUCGAGUGGGCCAUGUCUUCAGGAAACAGCAUCCAUACACUUUCCCAGGAGGCAGUGGCACUGUGUUUGCCAGGAACACAAGGCGAGCGGCAGAGGUCUGGAUGGAUGACUUCAAGAAUUUCUACUAUGCUGCUGUUCCCUCAGCUCGUAAUGUACCCUAUGGCAACAUUCAGAGCAGGCUGGAGAUGAAGAAGAGGUUAGGCUGCAAACCAUUCAAGUGGUACCUAGAAAAUGUCUAUCCUGAGCUAAGGGUUCCGGAUAAUCAGGACAUUGCCUUUGGAGCACUACAGCAGGGGCAGAACUGUCUGGACACACUGGGACACUUUGCUGAUGGUGUGGUGGGCGUGUAUGAAUGCCACAACGCAGGGGGCAAUCAGGAAUGGGCCCUGACUAAAGACAAAUCAGUGAAACACAUGGAUCUGUGUCUGACGGUGGUGGAUCGCACUGCUGGAUCGCAGAUCAAACUGCAGGGCUGCAGGGAAAAUGACAGCAGACAGAAAUGGGAGCAAAUCGACAACUCCAAACUGCGGCACAUAGGCAGCAAUCUGUGCCUGGACAGCCGUAGCGCACGAAACGGUGGCCUGACGGUGGAGAUCUGCAGCCCCUCGCUCACACAGCAAUGGAAGUUCACUCUCAACCUGCAGCCGUAGCUCAACACCGCCAGUCCCAGCCCUCCCCUUCUGGCCCCCGGAAAGCCCGCGCUGGGCACGCACUCGCCCCUCUGAGAUAUCGCUGCCCAGAUACAGACUCGGGGGCCGCCACAGCGUGGUCACUCUGGUCCUCAAGGGCCAUGGGGCCACGAAAACAGACAAAACAAACAAGAUGAUGAUGACAAUUUCCAUCUAACUAUAUACCUCACUUUCAUCUUUUGUCCAUCUCUUGGAAAGUGAAUCUAAGUGUCUACACUUAAUUGAAAACAUUUUGGGGUUUUUUGUCCUGUUUCCGAUGCGAACAAAAAGAAUCUGCUUUCUCUCAUCUUUUUUCUUGUCUUAUUUUGCACCAUUUUUGUCUUAUUUUCUGAAAUGAAUUUCUGCAAUUUUUUUUAUGAUGGAGUUGAUGUCCAUUGUUCUUUUCUUUUUCUAAUCACGUUGCCAAUAUUGUUGAAUGUAAAUGACAUGUUAAAUGGAGGCUCCCUGCCUGCGCUGUGAUCGGACUGGAUUUUGAAUGAAGGCAGUUUUAGUUUGGUUUGAGUUGGGCUGAUGGGAAUGGAGGGGACUCAUUUGUUGUGUGCACUCUCACAGACACACUUUGACUGUGGAGGACAUCGGCAGCCUCAUAUUUUUCAACUCAUACAAAAAGAACAGGGCAAAAUCUGAGACUAUUUUUUUUUUUAGUUUCUAUUGAAUUGUCAACCUGUUUAUUCUGUUAAAGGUGCAAUGUGUAAAGAUUCAGCCUACUUCCUCUGGAGGCCCCUGUUCUGUUCUGAAGGAGAACAAAGGCAUUGUACAGAACAUUACUGCUGGAUUCACAUACCGUAGCGCUGGCUGCUAACAAUUCAGUGUCUGUACUUGUCUUCAAACACAAACAUGUGCUUCUCAGUUGCAUUUUUAUCAAUAAUCAUGUUAUUUCGUUGUUCUAUGUAGCCUUUAUCUAUUUCUUUGCAAACUGUGUAAUGUAAAAUAAACAACUUUGGUAACCUGGUAACUCCCAAGUAGAUAUAAUGCUGAUCUGAAACCUUGCUCCUGUUCUUGGGUUUUGAGCAAAGCUGUAUGUGUAAUACUCAUCGUCUUAACCCUUUGUCCAUUACUUUGAUGUGUAACAAACUGUUCUGGUUUCAUGCAGAAUGUAUCCUGAUAGUUCAAUGGGUAACGUGGGAGUUGCUUCUCUCCUGGUUGUUUCAAUACCAAGAUUAACCAUGAUUUUUCUCAGCAACUGUGGCCAAAUGUGGCAUAUACCUUUACUUGAGCAUCCUUAUCCUUUUGAUUUGUUAAACGUUACUGCCUUUGUUAUCCAUGAUACUGUGUAAAUGUGAAAACGUGUGGUGUUUUUUGCUUUCUUUUUUGUGUCGCUAAGCAGCUUUCAGAGUUUGCUUAUUUACCACUGAACUGGACUCACAAAUGAGAAAACUAACUUGUGUGUGUGUGUGUGUGUGUACUCGCAAGACUCACUCAUUCAUUUCAUCUUUUCAUUUAUUCAUUGCCCCUUGGAUAUUUCAUAUUUCCACAUAAAACGUAUGUUGUAUUAUUGUGGUACUUCAGUUGUCACUGGUUAAACUUAACAGAACUAGUGUUACUGUAAAUCCAAUAGACAAAGAAUCCUUUGAUAUGUGAAAUCAAGUUAUUUAAUCCAUUUACCCGUCUUUCAUGUAUACCUGAGCUGAAUGGCGAAGCAUUCUGACUAACUUAUUGUAGGGUAGGAAAUCCAGACUAAAUGAGUCCCUGACUACCUUUUGGUCAGCUCUCCUCAUGUAUUGCAGUAAAUGUUAUGUUAAUCUUUGACUUGUAUGCGUUUGAUUCGUCUACACAACCCUGUGCUGUCCCAGAUAUUACAGUUCUCCAUCAUCGAGUUAGAUGGCAAGAAAAACAUUUGGAAGAUGUCUUUUUUUUUAAAAUUUCUUUCUUUUUUUUGGGGGGGGGAGUUGCAUUGAGAUUUUUAAAGAGAGUUCACCAUAAAUUAAAACCGUUAUCAUUUACUCACCCUUGUGUUGUUCCAAACCUGUUCCUGACAAACCUGAUUUUCUUUUUUGUGUAGAACACAAAAGGAGAUGUUGAGCUAAAUGACAGCAUCAGUCACCAUACACUUUUAUCAUUUUUUUCCCCAAUAGAAUGAAAAUGAAUGGUAACUGUUUUUUUUUUUAUGCUCCACAGACGAAUGAAAAUCAUAUAGGCUUGGACCAACAUUUACUGAAUUUUGGAGUGAACUUUUCCUUUAAGUGAAACUGGGCAGAGAUUGUGGCCUUUAGAACAAAUGUGUCCAUCUACCUGUAUUUUAAGGUUUGUGUUUGGUAUUGUUAUCAGGUUUCCAGUAGUCAAAUGAGUUUGCUGCCCCUAGUGGAUAACAACAUGAAUGGAGGCAGCAGGGAAAGAGCAGAGUAAAAUGUGAAAUGCACUUUUGCCAUAAUGAAUCAUGACACCUUUCUCCACUUUAAAAGAAGAAACGCCAAUGAAAUGGGUUUGCCAUGUCAACAUGUUGGCAAUAUUAAUGCAGUGAAAAGUUAAAGGAAUAGUUCAGCGCAAAAUUCUGUCAUUAUUUACUCGCCUUCAUGUUGUUCCAAACCUGUAUGACUUUCUUUCUUCUGUGGAACACAUAAGAUGUUAGGCAGUACUCAUUCUGCUUAUCUUUUUAGUUCCAUGGAAUAAAGUAAGUCAUAUGGAAUUUAAGCAACACGAGGGUGAGUAAAUAAUGUCCCUUUAAAAAAAUCCCUUUAAUAUUUUAGGAGGGGAAAGUUAAUGACUUUUAUGGAAACCACAAGUCAAAUUAGGAGCAAUAUGUGAUGGCUAAUCUUUGAAUUGGAUUAAAUGUUUACAUAGCAGUGUGCCAAAGUCAUUUACUGUUUGACUGAAACCAUUUUAUUCUUUAUUUUUUCUUGAAUAACAGUUUUAGGAAGUUCUUGAUGUUGCAUUACACAGCAAAGAUAGAGGGGUCAGCAGCUGUAAUAGUGUAUAUGUGUGUAUAUACACAUGCAUGUACAUUUACACUCAUUCUGUUGCAGUUAUAGUGAUUUGGUCAAUUGUACAGCACUUGUAUUUGUUCAUUGUUUUAUAGAUAUUGCAAAGGUCUGAAUGGCAAAAAAUAAUGAACUUAAAUAAAGAAAUUUAUACAUAUAAUUACAGGUGUCCAGUGUCUUCACAGAUCAGGGAUGGUACAGUGCAUUUGUUCCUUGCUGAAGUGUUGUGGUUGAUGUUAUGAGUACCUGUAAGUCUUUGAUUACUGUUUUGUUAGACAAAUUGAUGCAAGCAUUAAAACCAUUUACUUCUGUAAU